AUGACGAUCGAAAGAGCUCGAGUCCCGUUAAGCCGGUGGCAACAAGCGGCGGUUGCGAUGGGAUCUGCCGUCGGUGCGUUGGUAAAUCCUCGCAGGGCGGAUCUGAUCGCGGCUCUAGGUGAAACCACCGGGAAACCAGCUUUCGAAAUGGUUCUCGAAAGGAUGAAGAAGAGCCCCGAAGGACGAUUAUUCAUUGUGAAAUUGGCGAGAGAGAGAGAGAUUAUAUGGGCGAUGAAGCAGAUGAAGAGCAGAAGAAAGCCUAGUCUAGCAAAACAAGGGAGCGAGAGAUCAAAGAGAGGCACGUCUCAGUCAAGGAGUCAAUGUUUCUCGAGUUUUUUUCUCUUUGGCAUAUUUCUAGGGAAUUAG